GCAUUACAUUGCCAGACAUUCCAUCACGCUGCACUCGUAGUAGGCUACUCGUCCGUUUGACAAGUGAGCGCACUCCAAGCGAACGGAUAACACAGUCAAUAUUUUUGUGUUUAGUAGCGUUCAUUUAAGCUACUAUCUGGCUCUGAUGAGUUGUGAGACAGGUGUCACGGACCAGAAGUGGUCCGGUGAGCGCCCGCCUAGCCGCAUGAAGGCCAAGGAGCAGGAAGCAGGGGCUGGUGAUCAGUACCCGCCGAGCCGCAUGAACGUCAAGGAGCAGGGAGCAGGGGCUGGUGAUCAGUACCCGCCGAGCCGCAUGAACGUCAAGGAGCAGGGAGCAGGGGCUGGUGAUCAGUACCCGCCGAGCCGCAUGAAGGUCAAGGAGCAGGGAGCAGGGGCUGGUGAUCAGCGCCCGCCGAGCCGCAUGAAGGAUAAGGAGCAGGGAGCAGGGGGGGGGAAGAUUGCUCCCUCUUGCACGAGGGAGCACGGACCUUUGCCAAAGGCGGCCCGUAGCAGGGAGCCCAUACACCGACUCUGUCGGCCAUCGAAAUCUAGCCGACCAAGUCGGUCUGUCGACGAGGACUGGCGUGUCUCUGAGGGAGCAGGGGCUGGUGAUCAGCGCCCGCCGAGCCGCAUGAAGGCCAAGGAGCAGAGAGCAGGGGCUGGUGAUCAGUACCCGCCGAGCCGCAUGAAGGCCAAGGAGCAGGGAGCAGGGGCUGGUGAUCAGCGCCCGCCGAGCCGCAUGAAGGCCAAGGAGCAGGGAGCAGGGGCUGGUGAUCAGCGCCCGCCGAGCCGCAUGAAGACCAAGGAGCAGGGAGCAGGGGCUGGUGAUCAGCGCCCGCCGAGCCGCAUGAAGGCCAAGGAGCAGGGAGCAGGGGCUGGUGAUCAGUACCCGCCGAGCUGCAUGAAGGCCAAGGAGCAGGGAGCAGGGGCUGGUGAUCAGUACCCGCCAAGCCGCAUGAAGGCCAAGGAGCAGGGAGCAGGGGCUGGUGAUCAGUACCCGCCGAGCCGCAUGAAGACCAAGGAGCAGGGAGCAGGGGCUGGUGAUCAGCGCCCGCCGAGCCGCAUGAAGGCCAAGGAGCAGGGAGCAGGGGCUGGUGAUCAGUACCCGCCGAGCCGCAUGAAGGCCAAGGAGCAGGGAGCAGGGGCUGGUGAUCAGUACCCGCCGAGCAGCAUGAAGGCCAAGGAGCAGGGAGCAGGGGCUGGUGAUCAGUACCCGCCGAGCAGCAUGAAGGCCAAGGAGCAGGGAGCAGGGGCUGGUGAUCAGUACCCGCCGAGCAGCAUGAAGGCCAAGGAGCAGGGAGCAGGGGCUGGUGAUCAGUACCCGCCAAGCCGCAUGAAGGCCAAGGAGCAGGGAGCAGGGCCUGGUGAUCAGUACCCGCCGAGCAGCAUGAAGGCCAAGGAGCAGGGAGCAGGGGCUGGUGAUCAGUACCCGCCGAGCCGCAUGAAGGCCAAGGAGCAGGGAGCAGGGGCUGGUGAUCAGUACCCGCCGAACAGCAUGAAGGCCAAGGAGCAGGGAGCAGGGGCUGGUGAUCAGUACCCGCCGAGCCGCAUGAAGGCCAAGGAGCAGGGAGGAGGGAAGUCAAGCUCUAGCAAGUUACCCUCGGGUGCGAUACCGCCUUUGGCCAGCUCGGGUGACCCGGGAAACCCCUUCAGCUACAGCACCUUUGAGUGGCCGACGGUGGUUGGUCAGCUGCACAACAUUCUGUCGCAGUACCCAGACAACGGCCAGAUCAUCAAGGAGCUGGUGCAGAAUGCCGAGGAUGCCGGGGCGACGCGUGUGGAGGCGGUGCACUUCCCGGAGCCCCUGCGGCAGCCUGGGGCCCGAGAGGAGGUGCAACGGUUCAUUGAGGGCCCAGGGCUGUGCCUGUUCAACGAUGCCACGUUCUCGGAGGAAGACUGGCACGGCAUCCGCAAGCUCGGUGACAGCGUCAAGGAGAACGACCCUGUGCGGGUGGGUCAGUUUGGCCUUGGCUUCAAGUCUGUGUUCCACCUGACAGACUAUGUCACCAUCAUCAGCGGGACGCAGGCGCUCUUCAUGGACCCCAGUGAAACCGAGGACAAGAUGUGUCGCUCCCUCCCCCUCGACAAGCUGACGGAGGUGCUGCCUGACCCUUCCAGCCACCAGGCUUUUGAAUAUUACCUCACCAAACACCUCAAGGCUGACAGCAAUCUCCCAGGCACUCUGUUCUGGUUUCCCCUGCGACGGUCUGCCUCCAAGAUCUCGGACACACUCUACACCUCAAGUCAUGUUGAGAACCUCUUCCGGUCCUUUGCUGUGGAGGCUGACAUCUGCCUCACCUUCCUGAAGUCCCUGGAGAAGGUCACUCUUGGCAUUCAUACAGCGGGGAAGGUAAAUGUCACCCACUCCAUGACGAUCACCAGCCGGGCCGCGGAGGAGGUGAGGAACAAGAAGAGGAGCUUCAGGCAGAGUCUGUGCCAGUCCAGAGGCUCCCUAUCCAGUGCUCUCUCCUGCUCCUAUGAGACUACACUCACGACCAGAGUCAGAGGAAGGGAAGUCCAGAAGCAGACUCUGAGGGUCCUCCACUUACUACCAGGGGAGGAAGACGAAGAGUGGAUGACGUGGACUGGACGGAACAAGGACAAGCACAUACCUCUGGUGGGCGUGGCAGUCCCUGUCUCCCCGCCUGCAGCACCUAGAGCCAAGGGGCACAUCUUCAGCUUACUGCCGCUGCCCCCAGACCCCAGCAGCCAGACUGACCUCCCCAUACAAGUCAAUGGAACCUUUGUCCUCAGCCAGAACCGAAGACAAGUGAAGUGGAGGACGAGUGAGAGUAGCAUCAACGAGACAGAUGUUGUCUGGAAUGAAGAUCUGGUCAGUAAGGUGGUGCCAAGAGCUUAUCUGGAGCUUCUCAAAGAACUUCUGGAGGAAGCGAAGGAGGGCAGCUUCAGUGCAGACACCUGGUACACAUUCCUGCCCAGCCUUCGUGGGACAGCAGGAAGGUGGCACGAGAUGGCGAAGCAGGUCUGGUGCGGCCUCUUGGACCUCCCUGUCAUUGCCACGGAGGUCCGUGGGUUCCUGCCACCCCGUGAAGUCCUGGCCAGCAAUACUCUGAGUGAGGAGGAGCCUGAGCUGGCCACUGCUGUGAGGAAGGCACUGUUACAGGAAAAGCUGCCCAUUGCAAUUCUUCCUGACCAUGUGCAGGCGUCGAUUCAUGCUCUGGGCCAGCAGCUGUCCGUUGUGACGCCCGAGUUGCUGCGCCAAACACUGCAAGGGAAGGGCAGCAGUGACCUGGGGGGAGAGGAGACCUGCCAGCAACUCUUGUGCUAUGCUGCCAAGGACAAGCAGCACCAUGGCCUGCAUGGCCUCCCACUCCUCCCGCUGCAGGACGGAUCCUGGUCAACCUUCAGCCGGGGGGGCUCGGACUCAGCGGUGUACCUGUGCUCGGCGGUGGAGGCUGAGGCUCUCCUGGGCCUGGAGGGCCUCAUGGCAAGCACUUGUGUGGUUCAGCCUGCCUGGGAGGCUCUGCAGGACGUGGCCCACUCAGGCAAAACACAGCUGCGCCCAUUCCAGCCAGAGCUUCACGGCCCUGACCUGCUCCUCAAGAGUGCCCGUCACGUGCAGCGGUGCCAGCCACCACUGCAGCAGGUGGAUCAGUGGCUGGGUAAGGUGUGGACGCUCUUGCAGGAUCUGCCUCUCUGUAGCGUUGAGAACAUUCCGCUGCUCCCCACCUCUCAGCCACCAAACUCAGCCUCCCUGAGCCCUCUCUCCUCCCCUGUGGUGGUGCAGGGGAAAGGUGGUUGGCUUUCCAGGCCCCAGGUGGAGGCACUGGAACUCCUCGGGGUGGUGGUGGUCCCUGCGCUGCCAAAACACGUCCAGCACAAAGACCUGCAUGAGUACUUGUCUGCUGCAGACCGUCACGGAACCACUCAGGCUCUUGGCAAGGUGGUGAGGCAGGACCAGGAGAAAGAAGCAGUCACUCGGUUCAACACUCACAAGACUGAGCACCAGAGGCAGGCCGUGAGCAGCUUUAUAGAGGUCUCCAGUAUCCAGCCACCUCUUGCAGGGUUCCUCACCAAGCUCCACAUGUUCAAGGCUCAAGACACAAACAAGUUGGAGCAAGAUUCACAUCUGGAGAAAGUAAACACAAUUGCUCCAGAACUUGUAGACUUUCCAGUGAGUUAUCCCGAGACUCUUCUUACACCCACCCAGCGCCAGGAGAUGGAACUGGCAUUGGAAUUGGGGGCUCACAAGUUGUCUAAGGAGGAGCUGUGCAUCAAGGCAUUAAGGAGCGGCCACUCUGAUGACAGUGUCUUGGCGCUGGUGCAGUACAUUUUGGAGGACCCUCAGCUGGAGAGAAGCAGCAGUGUCCGUGAGCAGUUGAGGAACUCUAAAUUUGUUCCCAACAUUGACGGGUCGCUGUGCCGCCCGUCAGAGCUGUACGACCCAGAGGAUGAAGACCAUUGUGUCCUCAUUGGGGAGCCACAGCAACCAAAAGACUCAUUCUGCAACCAUUACCCACUCCUGCGCUCCCUGGGCCUCAGAAAGGUACAGGACAUGCCUCAGGAUGAACUGGUCUGCCUUUUUGAGGGCCUAGAGAACAGCCAGCUGUCCAAGGAUGACAAAGCCAGGAAGUCUGUGGGGUUGCUGCAGGCUGUGAACCGACGGUCUGACUACCUACAGGUCUGCCGGGCAGUCUUGGGGGUGCCGUUUGUGUAUGGUGCAUCCAGCAGGCCUCAUGGAUAUCCCUCAAGUCUGGGGUGGGCCACCCCACCUGGACCACUGGUGCCCCAGGGCCUGAGGAGCCUCAAGUACAGCAGUGUGUUGGGCUCCACCACUGCCUUAGUUGAAUGUCAUGAUUUUCCUGAUGUAGCCAGUGCCUUUGGCUGGGCGUCAACACCACCUGUUGAGCCAGUCAUUCAGCACCUCAAGAACCUGGCAGCAGCUUAUCAGCUUAAUGAGAGGGAGUACUUAGACCUGAUUAAGCAGACCUACAGUCAGCUCUCCACAGCCCUUGGUGAAGGUGGGGCUCCCCAGCUGGGCAGCCUGAAGACAGAGUGCUGUGUCUUCACGGAGCAUGGCUUCAGGCUCCCAGAUGAGGUGUACAUCCACCCAGGGGAUGAAGACUUGCGGCUGCUGCCUUACCAGCAUGUGCUGCCCUUUGAGCUGCGGGGGAGCGAGCAACUUUUCCUCUGCUUGGGUUGUGCACGUCAGCAGAGCCCUGCACUCCUGCUGGCAGUGCUGGAGAAGGUGAGGGCACGACACCAAGGCGGCGGAGGCAGUAUUGACAGCAGCGAAGUGGAGAAGGACAGGCGGCUAGUCAUGUCAGUGCUGGACAGACUCCAGCACCACCUAGAGGAGCUCCCCGGCCCCCUGCUGGUGCCCGUGCAGACACAAGACGAUGUGCUGGAGCUGGCUGAGGUGCAGCAGGCAGCAUACAUGGAGGAGGUGGAUGCGUGGCUGGACAGUGAUGAGCUGGGCGUGAAGGUGGUCCACGGAUGUGUGGCUACCACCUUGGCCCGUGCCCUUGGUGUGGCUUCCCUGGAAAGCUUUCUGACUGCUGGAGGCGAGGCGGUAAUGGAGUGGGGGCAGCGGGAGCCACUCACCACCCGCCUCCACAACCUGCUGGAGCAGCAGUACAGGGAUGGCGUAUCAAUCCUGAAGGAGUUGGUGCAGAAUGCUGACGACGCCGGCGCCACAGCCGUCCGCCUCCUGUACGAUGAGCGGCAGAACGAAGACUCCCGGACGCUGCUGCUGGGCCCGGGGAUGGAACGGUGCCAGGGCCCGGCACUCUGGGUGUACAAUGACGCACUCUUCUCCGAGCAGGACUUUGAGAACCUGCGAGAGGUGGGGGCAGGCACCAAGGAGCUGCAGCCCACCAAGAUUGGCAAGUUUGGCCUGGGGUUUUCCUCCGUCUACAAUCUGACAGACGUUCCAAGCUUCAUCAGUGGCUCAAGCUACGUGGUGUUUGACCCCCACAUGACCCACCUGAGCCAUGCCACCUCCCCGGGACGCAGAUACAACUUCACCAACCGCCGCCACUCCUACAUGCUGCGCACACUAAGGGGACAGUUCCAGCCCUUCUCCGGCGUGUUUGGCUGUGACGUGGUGGAGCGCGGCUCCUUUGAGGGUACGUUGUUCCGCCUGCCUUUCCGCACAGCUGCCAGCAAGAUCAGUGACAUGUGUUACUCCCGUGGCGACAUGGUGCAGCUGCUGGGGAUGUUCAGCGGGGUGGUGGGCCAGCUGCUGCUCUUCACCCAGCAUGUUUCCUCCAUCAGUGUGUUCCACCUCAGUGCCUCUGCCUCCUCUCCCUCAGAGAUGGUGGAGCUCUUCCAUGCUGGCCGCGGCAGAUGCCAGCCAGCCCUUGUUCCUGGUCUGGCCUCCCCAGCCACUGACGGACCACAGUCAGUGUUGGAACGUGCUGCUGCACUGUUUUCCAAGCAGAAAAAUAGAUUUGAGUGGAAGGGGGAGUGUCUAGCAGAGAGAAGCACAGCAGAGGUGAGUGUGCGGUGCUCACGCGGCGGUGCUGACCUCUGUGGCCUGGAGGAGGGACAGUGGAGCACCACCUGGGUCACUUCAUGGCACUCUGGCUCUGGCAGUGCAGGCAAGCUUGCUGAGGCCCUCGGAGGCAAGGCCCUCCCUCUGGCAGCUGUGGCAGUGCCGGUGAGGGAGGACCGCUGUGGGUGUCACCCCCUGAGCCUUACGGGCCUUCCUUUGGGGUUCUACCGUGAAGGCCACUUCCAUUGCUUCCUACCACUGCCAGUGAAGACGCUGCUGCCGGUCCAGAUCAACGGGGUGCUGGAAGUGGCCUCAGACCGCACCAACCUCCUCACCGAGACUGAGGACGACAGGCACGCCCACAGCUGGAACACCACGCUGGUAGGAGACGCUGCCCUCCGUGCCCACCUUGGGCUGGCCGAGGCACUGAGAUGCCUGGGGCUGGGUGCUGAGAGCCCCUACCAUGCCAUAUGGCCGGUGCUACAUCACGGGGCUGGCACACUGGUGGAAAGACUCACCAAGGGGUUCUAUCAUGCCCUGGAGCAUGAGAGUCUGGAGCUGUUCAGAUGCAGCAGUGGUGACUGGCACCCCCUUGACAGGUGCCGCUUCCUGAAACAAGACUUCCUUCAGGUGCCUCAGGUUGGGGACAUUGCCUUCGAGUUCAUGCAGACAUACUUCCACUCCACUUCAGAGCUGAAGCUGGUGCGGCUGCCCCAGCACAUCCUUGCCUGCCUCAGUGAGCAGGUGUUGUCCCAGCAGGUGGUCAAUGAGGAAGCAUUUUACAGCAGGUACUUCAUUCCCCACAUGUCCGAGGGGCUGGUGAGUCCCGACAGGAGGGACCAGCUAAUGCUCCACCUCCUAGAUGCCGGCCACCCCUGCUUGGAGAGUCUUCCUGGCCUGCCCUGCAUACCCACCCAGCCCCAGCACACUCAGGGCUCCAGCACACCUCGUCGAGCCCGGGGGAAGAAUUGCAAGAAUGUUUUCUGUAGAUGAUGAGAGGUUUCCUGUAGAAGAGUUUCUUAAUUCCAGCCGGAGAUCCAGCACACUGGCCAGGCUGGGAAUGAACACUGACCGGCUGCCGAGAGAGCUGGUGGUGGAACGAGCAGAGAGUGUGGCAGGUGUGGAGUGUUCCCAGUGUGCUUGU